AUGCAACCUGAUCAACCAAUUCAUGAAUGCUCUCAAUUAAUUCACAAUUAUAUUGCGUAUAAAAAAGAUGCUAUUUACGUUUAUCCAACAAAAACACAAUAUACUACUGUUAUUAGUGGUCUUUUAAAUCAUUUAGGCGUGGAACAUGAUACUAAAAAAAUGGUAAGCGAACUUGAUCAAUAUUCAUUACAUGGUUAUGAAUAUUCUUCAUUACAGAACUCGUGGCGUGAACCAUUAAUUUCAAAGCUUAAAAAAGAACGUCAAAAUUUGGUAAAUGAUGAAGUUUUACAGAUAAAGAUCAAAUAUUCGAAUGAAAAUUCUGGAAGAAAACUGAAAGGAUAUUCAAUGGCAAAAGUAGCUGGAAAAAAAAUUCAGAAAAAUAUAACAAUGGUAUCAUGCUCAUCUGGUAACACAAACCAAAUGGAAAAAAUAGCUGAAGCGGCUAAAAUUGGUUUUGAAAAUAAUUCAUAUGAUGCAGAAGAACUAAACCACUUAUGGAUUCAAACUUAUGCAUAUCGUCUAGAAUUCGUUAAAAAUAGUACAACACAAGAUAUAAUCAAACAAUUUCCUGCUUAUUCAAAUCCGUAUCGAUUAUUUUCAGAUAUAAAAAUGUUAACUGGUGUUGAUUUACAAAAUUCUGUUCAAGAAAAAAUGGAAUAUCUUGCUACAAAGCUUUGCACGAAUAACCAAUAUCCAACAGAUAAUGGGACAAUUCGUUGUUUUAAAAUAUUAUGUGGAAUGUUAAAUGACUCUUGGAAACAUUAUCUUCGUUUUUAUCCAGAAAUGCCAGUUACUCCUCUACCAAUAAUACAAGUAGAAGAUGAUCAUUUAAAUGUUUGUCUCGCUUGGACAUUCAUUUGUUCAUCAAAAUCGAUUGAAGAAUCAAUUGCUGUACUAAUUGGAUUAUACUCGUUGAUGGAUCUCAAAUUUAACACAUAUAGAACAACAGCAAGAUUUUUGUACGUUUAUUUAAUGAACGAUCAACAAAAACAGCCAAACAACAUUAGUAAAAUUUUCAAAGAACAUAAUAUUGAACUUGAAUAUAAGUCCACAUCAUCUGUCCAACUUGAACGUCAAUCUCCAUCAUUUGUUGAAAAAAUUAAAGAAAUAAACAACAAUAAUGAUAUUUUUCUUGAUGAUCGUGAUGAUAGUGUUCAUGAUUUAAUUAUUGACGUCGAAGAAAACGAAGCGGAAGAAAUAAAUGCCGAAAUUCCAACAUCAAAAACAAUUUUAAUGAAAUCCACUUCAAAACCUUCUCAAAAAAGAAAGUCUGCUAAUUUAACACAGAAUACAGAUUUAGCUGCAAAAGAAAACAUUCCACGAAGAAAAAAACGACUAACUCCAAAUGUAGCAAACGCCAUUAACAUCCAAAUGUACGCAAUCAGACAAAAUUUUACUUUUAAAAUUCUUUCUUUCUAUCUCUUCACUAAUCUGAAGGAAGCCCGUUUUCGAUUUAGUAAAACAAAUCAAUUUUUUUUUCGUUUAAACUUUUAA